UUUGCUCUGAUUAAAAAUAAACACAAAUUAACGCAGUGCACUUGGCACAAGUUAAGGCUUAAGUUUAGUUGCAAAAAUGCAGGCCUUGCGCAUUCUGAUCGCUCUGCUUCUGUCCGGAGUGCUGGGAAAGGAUCUGCAGGAGUGCGAGGAUCUGGGAAAGGGGAGUCAUCUGUGUCGGGAAAUCGAGAGCUUCGAGCAACUGAAUCGAUAUGUAGGAGAAAACUGGCGAAGUGUGAAGGUGGUGAACGAGCACACUGGCAUCGAAAGUGCCGAGGAUGGGGAACUGCCAGGCCUCUCCAGACUUUUGCACUUAGAUCUAUCCGAAUCCGGUGGCGUGACCCUGGGCGAAAAGGGCGUGCGGGACUUUAAGGCCUUGCAGGAGCUGAAUCUCACCCACUGUCAGUUGGAGGAGAUGCAGGCACACCACUUUCCCAACAAAUCCCAACUGGUUAGCAUAGAUGUGAGCUACAAUGACAUACAGAUCAUCACGGGCAAACUGAUGAGCGGCUUGGCCAAUCUGGAGUAUGCCAACUUUUCCAACAACCUGAUAGCGGAGAUAGAGCCCGAUGCCUUCAAGGAUCUGAAAAAGCUGGUAUUUCUGGAUCUAACCACCAACGAGCAGGAGAACAUUACCCUGGGCGAGAAUGCGAACCUGCGGUACUUGUCUAUAAGCAACAAUAAUGUGAGAGAUUUUCAAUGGUGUCGCCUGCGGGGAUUGCCCAAGCUGGAGGAACUGCAUCUGCACAGCAAUUGGCUGGAGGUCCUGGACAUGGGUAUAUUUUAUGCCCUGCCUAAUCUGAGGGUCUUAAACGUGUCCAACAAUAAUCUGUACGAGAUCAAGAGAACCCUUUUCAUGGCUCCUGGAGAAAUAGCGCCACUGGAGUUGCUUGACUACAGCUCGAACAAUGUAAAAGUCCUGGAGGACUCCGUGUUUUGCAGACUGCGAAAGCUGAGGACUCUCAACCUGUGGCUCAACCAGAUCAACAGGAUCCAUCCGAGGACUUUUCUUGGCCUGAGUUCCCUGAAAUCCCUGCAGCUGCAGGGCAACAAAAUAACCGCUCUUCCCGAAGAAGUCUUUGCCAAUCUUACGGCCUUGGAGAUACUGGAUUUAAGUAGGAACAACAUCAAAAAGCUGGGCAUGGGGGUCUUUGGGCGAAGUAUUCUUCGGAAUCUGACCUACCUGGAUUUGAGCAACAACAACAUUGCGGACCUGCAUCCCCUGGCGCUCUCUUCACUGCCCUUCAUCAGGCAACUCAGGCUGAGGAGGAACAAGCUGAUCAGCCUGGAUCUCCGUAUGUUUGCACCGCUACGGAAAUUGCAGUGGCUCACGAUCGGCGAGAAUCGACUGGAGGAGAUCGAGGCGGACAUUCUGGACACCUUGGAGCGCCUCACUCACCUGGAGAUCAACAACAAUAGGCUCACCUUUCUGCCGGAUCUGAAGUCAUCGGAAGGUCUGCGGCAAUUGCAGCACAUCAGCCUGGAGGGAAAUCCCUGGCAGUGCCUGUGUCUGGACGAGAUCACCUCCUGGUUGAAUGGGCGCCAGGUGGGCUACGCCCGUCCCAGCAGCGCCUAUUUCAGCGGAAGGAAGCCCCUCUGCGUGGUGACGCCCAUGGAAAAGUGUUCCAGGGUGCUUCAAGAAGUCAGGGCUCAGGGCAUUGUCGAAAGCUAUGAGAAGAUAUAAUAUGCCUUUAUAUAAAGUCCAUUAAUGAGUAUUUGAUUUAUCAUUUAAGUGUCUUAGGAGAACUAGAAUAUAUACUUUUUAUGUCAGAUUCCAUUGUGACUUCAUUAGGACUUUUAAGUCCUUAAUUCAUAUCAAUAAAUAUUUUUUACAAAACACCACAA